UCAGGUACCACCGGAGUGCCCGGGGCUGUGGACUUAUUUUAUUCCCGGGAAUUGGACACAUUUAACACAAACGAACUAUCCCAGAAGAUGUUCUUCUUUCUGCUACCUGUCGUGGCUCUCCUGCUGAGCAGAGAAACGGCGGGCUCCGGGAACAGUAACGAGAAAUGGCUGAGCACCGUGGCUCAGUACAAGGACAGAUCCUGGAACCGAUUCAGAGACGAAGCGGAGGAUGACUACUUCAAAAGCUGGGCUCCUGCCAAGUCUCUGGAUCAAGAACGAGAGGCUGAACCUGGCAGAUAUGAGGACCCUAAAGCUCACUCGAGUUCAGCCAAGACGACAGUACAGGACGGUCCAGAUGCCACCAAGGACCCCUGUCUGAAGGUGCGCUGCCCCCGCCACAAGGUGUGUGUCAGCCACGACUACCAGACAGCCAUCUGCACCAAUCACAAGCACCCAACUCACAGUGUGAAACCCAGGAAAGGCAGAGCAGGACACAAGCACAGGCCUGAAGCCGUAGCUCAUGGUAAAUGUAGGCUCUGCUCAGGGCUCCAGUCAAGUCCUGUGUGUGGAUCUGAUGGACACACCUACUCCUCCAGGUGUAAGUUGGAGUUCCAGGGCUGCCUCUCUGGGAAGACGGUCUCAGUGAAGUGUGACGGGCUGUGUCCCUGUCUGCCUGGUCAGGAGCACAGCAAACCAGCACAUAGGCACAAUAAGGCUGCCUGCACUGACACAGAGCUCCACAGUUUGGCUGCAAGACUAAAGGACUGGUUUGGAGUUCUCCAUCUUGACGCCAACAGAGACCUCAAAUCCUCCGACAGCCUCGACUCUGCCACUGGACAUUUUGACACCAGCAUCUUGCCCAUCUGUAAGGACUCUCUGGGCUGGAUGUUCAACAAGCUUGACAUGAAUUUCGACCUCCUGCUGGACCAAUCAGAGCUGAGUGCCAUCUACCUGGACAAGUAUGAGCUGUGCAUGAAGCCCCUCUUCAACUCCUGCGACUCCUUUAAGGACGGGAAGCUGUCUAACAACGAGUGGUGCUACUGCUUUCAGAAACCUGAGGGACUGCCCUGCCAAGCGGAGAAGAGCAGGAUCCAGAAUCAGAGUCGGAGGAAGAGCUUCAUAGGCUCUUAUAUUCCCCGGUGUACUGAGGAGGGUUACUUCAAACCAACGCAGUGUCACAGCAGCACCGCCCAGUGUUGGUGUGUGGACAAAUACGGCAAUGAGAUCGCUGGCUCCAGAAAACAAGGCAACCCCAAUUGCGAUGAGGACCAGGAGACAUCGGGGGAUUUCGGCAGCGGCGGUGCUGUCAUCCUCCUUGGCGACCAGGAGGAGGAGCCAUCACAGAGUGGGCGGAGCCGGCAGAAGAAGAGGCGGGGCCGGAUUCACCCCCGAGGAGCCAUCGAGGAUGACGAGGACGAGGAAGACGAUAAGGAUGACGAGAUUGGCUACGUGUGGUAGCUCCGCUUCAUCUUAUUUUGCCAUCAGCCGACCAGGAAUCUCCGUUAACUCAGCACAGAUCUGAAGCCAUUCCAAUGUCCCCUCCUCCUCCUCCAGUUACUUUGGCAGCAGCUCAUCUUUUGGCUCCUGAACUUGCUCUUGUGAUCCCUGUCUCUUAUCCAUGUGACUCUCUUCAGUGAACCUCAUUAGACGUCUUCCUUUUGUGUUUCACAGACUCAAAACAGAAAACCUAUUGCAUUUCACCAACAACUGUCAAGACCCGGUCAGAAUCCUGCUCCACUCUCUGCCUCUACCUUCCCCUAAACCUGUAAUCAUUGACCUCUUCUGAAAUGGACUUCUCCAUUUUCUCUAUCUCCUUCUUUCUCUUAUCCUGUCCCUCUCUCCUGUCCCUGUCUGUCUGUUAUGUCAGAGCCUCUGGUCAGUCUGUGAGCCCAGAUACAUAAGCUGAUGUACCGGAUGUAAAUAUGUUUCCUCCAUCCAGGUAGGCCAGAUAGUGGACUGAACCCACCCUGUGCUUCACCAGCAGCCUCAUACUCAUGAUUUGUGUUUCACUGUCGGGCUCCUUCUAGUGUUCAAAGAUGUUCCCUCAACACGUUCCCAGGCUCUGAGAUGCUCCCGCUCUUGCUGUUAUUUCAUGGAGGAUUGCAAAUUAUUUAAUCGUUGAUCUUGAAUGUCCCAGAAAGCCCAGGAAGCAAUGAGACUAAUGAUGUAUUGUCGUUGUUGUUGCAUGUUUCUCAUCGUGUUUCUGUAAAAGAGAGAAUUACCUGGCCAUGUCUAGCUCUAUGCAUCUCAAACAGAAAGUGAUGCCUAUUUGGCUGCUACAAUACUUUGUUGCUAUGUUGAUUCUGUCUAGUGUCUUUUUGGUUCUUCUCCCAUUCUCAGGAGGUAUAGGAAGUUGCAUUGCAGAGCGAUAGCACUGUAGAAAAGAGAACUGCAAGGCCUACAGUCCAAACGUGCGGCGUUUCAGCCAGCUUCUUUUGCUAAUUGGUCAGUAGGGCUUUUGAGGCUGUUUGGCUGUGCACAGACACUAGAGGAAGAAGCUGCUCCUGAGCUGGGAGGACACAUGAAGUCCGGCGAGCAGAGAAGAGGCUCUGCUCCGCCUCGCAACACUGGAUAUGUUCGUGAUUUAAAAUUGAAAUCCUCACUAUGUCAACUAAGUGAAUUUUUAUUUGUAACUUUGAAAAUGUAAGUAAAGUGGCACUUUGGAUGUCUUUUGAACCUUA